AUCGGACGUUCGAUUUUAAAACUUCCAUUGCAUCCAACGUAGCACAGUCGGUGUAAUUGAGCGAGAAAUUGGAAAACUCAAUUAUCACUAUGAAAUUCCUAGUGACAGCCGUCCUAUUAUCGCUUGCUAUUGCAAUCCAGGCUGGAUCCUACUCCGACAGAUACGACAACAUCAACGUAGCCGAGAUCCUGGGCAACAAGAGAUUGUUGACGGCAUACAUCAAGUGCGUUUUGGAAGAAGGAAAGUGCACCGCCGAAGGGAAGGAGUUGAAAUCUCACAUUACGGAUGCGCUUCAAACUGGCUGCACAAAAUGUACCGGAGCCCAACGUAAGGGGAUACGGAGGGUGAUCAAGCACCUGAUCGACAGUGAGCCGGGGUAUUGGGAUCGUUUGGUCGAUAUGUAUGACCCGAAACGUGUUUACACCGGGAAAUACGAGAAAGAACUGCGAACAAUCAAAGCAUAGUUGAUCCAAAACAAUUCAAUUUACGCUAACACGACAAAACGCUUCACGAAAUGUAUGGAAAUUGUUUAUUGUUAGGUACAUUUGUUAUUAGUACGCUGUGGUACUGUCGUUCAAAAUUCUUUUGUUUCCACAUUUAAUUUUUUGACCAGUGUCCAAAAUUCGACCUUAAUCACUGACGCCUGAAGAUUUAAAUUCAUCUUUAUUUUGUUUGUUAAAACAGAAGGCCGAAUA